GAUUGGGACGUGUCGCUGGUGACGGACAUGAACGGCUUAUUCUCAGGGAAGGCGCAGUUCAACGCCGACAUAUCGCGGUGGAACGUCAGCUCAGUCACGAACACGAGAACUUUGUUUUAUGGCGCCAGCCAGUUCAACGCAGACAUAUCGCGGUGGGAUACCAGCUCCGUCACAAGAAUGGGUUUCAUGUUUUAUGGCGCCAGCCAGUUCAACGCGGACAUAUCGCGUUGGGACGUCAGCUCAGUCACGGACAUGACUGAGAUGUUUGAACAUGCCUACGAGUUCAACGCGGACAUAUCACGGUGGGAUACUAGCUCAGUCACGGACAUGAGUUACAUGUUUGCUGACGCCAUCCGGUUCGACGCGGACAUAACGCGGUGGGACGUCCCCUCAUACCUGAACACCGACGCUAUGUUUCUACAAGUGCUGCUCCUCGGAUCCCAGGUGCUGAUGGCUGAUUGGGACGUGUCGCUGGUGACGGACAUGCUGAUGAUGUUUUAUCAAGCCAGCCAGUUCAACGCGGAUAUCUCGCGGUGGGACGUCAGCUCGGUCAAGAGCAUGAGUUCGAUGUUUAGGGAUGCCAGCAAGUUCAACGCGGACAUAUCGAGGUGGGACGUCAGCUCAGUCACGAACACGGAAUUUAUGUUUUUGGGCGCCUUGGUGUUCAACGCGGACAUAUCGCGAUGGGACGUCAGCUCGGUCACGAACAUGCAGGAAAUGUUUGAAAGGGCUUACAAGUUCAACGCGGACUUGUCGCAGUGGGACGUCAGCUCGGUCACAAACAUGUACAGUGUGUUUCGUUCCGCCGCCGCGUUCAACGCGGACUUAUCCCGGUGGGAUACCAGCUCAGUCACGAGCAUGAAGAAUAUGUUUUUAAGUGCCAGCCAGUUCAACGCGGACAUAACGCGGUGGGAUACCAGCUCGGUCGGGGACAUGUCUGCUAGCAUGGCGGGUAUGUUUGCCGGUCCUGCGACCGCCUGGCAAUCAAGGUUCCACAACUGCGGCUACCUUAGCAGCUCUCACCAGGCGGACGGGGUACUAAUUGACACGGCGGUUUGCAAGAGCCCACCGUUCCCCGACAAAGCUGCGCUCGAGAGUGCGGUGAACAACUGUAUCCAGGCUGUGUCCUCGGGAGAGAGGUGCUGCUCUGAGUGGGGCGCGGACUGCGGCCCAGCCGGGAUCGUGGACAUGCCGCUUUGGGACGUGUCUCUGGUGACGAACAUGUACGGCUUGUUCUCGGGGAAGGCGCAGUUCAACGUGGACAUAUCGCGGUGGGACGUCAGCUCAGUCACGCACAUGUAUGAGAUGUUUCGUUCCGCCAGCCAGUUCAACGCGGACAUAUCGCGGUGGGACGUCAGCUCAGUCACGACCAUGGGUCAUAUGUUUAAUGGCGCCAGCCAGUUCAACGCGGACAUAUCUCGGUGGGAUACCAGCUCAGUCACGAACAUGGGUCAUAUGUUUAAUGGCGCCAGCCAGUUCAACGUGGACAUAUCGCGGUGGGAUGCCUCGCAGGUCACGAACAUGCAUCAUAUGUUUGAUGACGCCAGCCAGUUCAACGCGGACGUAACACGGUGGGACGUCCGCUCGGACGCGGACAUGUCAAAUAUGUUUUCCGCCCCCCCCCGCUGCGCCAACGCGGGAUGCUCGGACAUGCCCGAUUGGAACACGGAGUUCGUCACCGACAUGACUUCGUUGUUCCAGAAUGCGCAAUCGUUCAACCAGGAUAUCAGCAAGUGGGAUACCUCGCGGGUGACGAGCAUGAAAAUCAUGUUUGGCAGCGCGCGAACGUUUGACGGUGACCUAUCCAGAUGGGACGUGUCGUCCGUUACGGACAUGGAGAACAUGUUCUUGAAUGCUCGUGCCUUCUCCGGCGGCGACCUUUCGCGCUGGAAUACCAGCAAGGUUACGAAGAUGAAUGGGAUGUUCGCCGACCAAGGAUUCGACGCCAAAUCCCAGUUCAACGGCGACCUCUCCAACUGGGACGUUUCAUCCGUGACUCUUAUGGAUUCUAUGUUUCUUCGCGCGGUGAAGUUUCAGGGCAAGGGCCUAUCGCAGUGGGACGUCGGCAGUGUGACGUCCGUGAGUAACAUGUUCAACGGCGCAUCCGUGUUCAAGGGCGAUAUCACAGCUUGGAACCUUUUGUCUGUCGGAUCGGCCGAUGGCAUGUUCAGCGGGGCAAAAGCGUGGCAC